AUGGGCAGCACUCCAUCAAAUAUCAAAAAAGGAAACCCAGCAAGCUGUCGUGUCAUAAUGGUAGAGCCCCAAAAAAAUGAGAAAGAUGGCGAUGAUAAGAAAUCUUCUCGCUGGAAUGUUAAACAACAGGCUCCCAGACAAAUUAAUGACGAAAAAAAACUAGCUAAGAAAUCUCAAAGCAAUCUAAUGUUUGAAAUUGACGAUGAAACUUACUGUUUGGUAUUAGCCGCAGAGGAGUUUCACGAGCAAAUAAUGGAGCAUGACGAUACGAUACGAGCCAUGUCGGAAGUCGAUACGAUACACGAUAACACGGAUUUCGUAUGCGAACUCCUUGAUCUCAGAAGUCAUCUGCAUGGGGAGUUGAUCCGCAUUGAAGAGUUACUUGCUCAAGAUGAUUCCACCUUGCAGGCACACCUGAACCAGUACGAAGUUUCCAACAUGGACGUCAUCGAUAAAUUGAAAGAAAUUCGAGAUCAGACGAAAUUCGUGAAAGAAUCGCUGAAUAGAAAUAACUGGAAACAUAACAACGGUAAAGCUGGCGGUCACUUUGUGCCCUUCAAUGGAGACCUUGCGCAAGAUUUUAGUAGCUACGAACUGCCCAGCCACAUAUAUACCAUGAACGAACUCAAAGAACUUCAUAAAAAAGAAGAGGAAUUAUUGUGCGAGAGGUUUGCCCUGCUGAUCGCCGACAACCAGGACACUGAUGAGGACGUAACUAAAAUCCUGGCCGAACACACCUACCACGUCCAGGCGAUGAAAAUCAAGCAAGACAUUCAGAAAAAUAAGCUAGAUCUCAUUCUAUACGAGCAGGAUUCCACGCCGAGGGCCCGCGAGAGACACGUCCAAUCGAAGCAGAAAUACAUCGGCGGCUUGAGCGAGGCGAAGAAAAAUAGAAAUCUCGUCGUUAAGCAUGAAUAUCGGCGUUUCUCGAUAUUUAGAAGAGAUGAAUCGAGCGAAGAUAAACUGAAGAGUAUAAUAAAAUCCUUGGAGGAGAUGAGGGAUAGAAACGAACUGACCCAAGAAUCACUACUCAACAUAUUAACCAGGUACAACUUGGUACCUACCAACGGAUCAAAUGCUAAGGUUCCACAAGAAGGCACCUCCAGAACGAGGGCCAGCAUCAUCAUUCACGACAGCAUGGAGAUCAAAAGACAACUGCAACUAAGGAGGAAGGAGAUGAAGAAUAUGAUGGAGGCGAAACUUAAGCAACAACUAGCCACUAAACGUUGA